ACCACUCCAAACUAAAACGUAAAUUACAAAGUCAGAUAACUUCUACAUGUCUCCCUCUGCCUCAGUCAUUGUCGCACGUGUUUUGUUCUCUCCUGCUGCCAUGAGACAGAACCCCCUGAAACGCAAACGUGACGACGAGAUCACUGUGCAUGAAGAAGACGACGUGCAUGAACAUACCAAACCACGUCCACCGUCUUGGGAGGCUCUAUGCGUUCUUGGUCCUUACAUGGAUCCUCAGACACUCGCCAUCGCCUCUUGCGUCUCAACCACAUGGUUAGAGUGUUUCUCCUCGGACGAUCUAUGGAAGGCUCUCUUAACGGCAAGGUCCUCACAGCGCUCUUCUCCCUAUGAGAUCGUAUUGAAAAACACGGACAACAUCUCGUGCAAACACCUUGUCUCCGCUGUUGAAACGGACGCCAAACGCCGACGCAAAGAUCAAGUCGUGGAACCUGUCAAGAUAUCCCUCUGUGAUCUCAGUUUCAUGGUCCACGUGUCAACUAAAACAAAGAAAGCAUCGGUUUACAAAAAGGGCAAAGAUCUCAACUUUGGUCCUAACGACAAGUUCCAGAUCGAAGCCGAUGUAAGCAACGCAGCUAUCACUGCCGGUGAAGAUGACGUGAUGAUGACAUGGCAAGUCAUGUACAAGGGAAAGUUCUUCACGCUAGCUGAUACUACAAGAUCGAUGGACACAAAGAAUGGAUGGUUUACCGAUAAACUUGAAGACAAGUGUAACCGCAAGCUAGUAGGCACGUCAAGCCGAGUUUCAAUGGCGAAGUUCUUGAGAAGAUUGGACUUUCGAUAGUGGAUUCAGAUGGAUGGGGAUCUCUGUUACUUGACGGGGUUUUGAGAUAUCUUCAGUGGUUUUUGUUGGAAUAAUUUUCUCACAAUAGUCUCUGAGUAGAUCAGUAUAGGUCAUACAAAUCUCCAUCGAGUAGAUGGUUUAGCAAGUAAAAGUUCUUUUAAAUGUUGUUAUUCAUGGUAAUGAAAUUCAAUAUAAUAUAUUUCCGUUACUUUAAGAAAAUAAUAUUUCAUGAAACGUAUUAUUAGCAACAAAAGAAAGUGUUGGUGGAUGAAUAGUUUUAAUCAAAGCAAAACUUUAAAAAGUCAACAGUUUCAAGUAAAUAUAUGUUCUGACACACACACACACUUUGUGUAUAUUUAAAAAUCAAUGAAGUCUCUAAAGGUUAGAAGUAAGAACUCAUUUAGAUAUCUAACUUUACAGUGCUCUAGCUUAAAUAGGCAUCGUCGUAAUUAUUGUUUACAGAUUUUCUGUCAUUGAUUUGUUCUUAAACAUUUAAUCCUCUUGCAUGUCUGAUUUUCACCAACCGUUUUUCAUUCCUUAAAGUUUUAAAACACUUAAUCCUUUGUCUUACAAAAUUAUACUCAAACAUUUGUAAAGUAGUCGUGGAUAAAAGGUAUAAAAUACUUGCACCCUCCCUCCCACACUGUCCGGUGAACCAUGAGUUCUCUUGCUUUGUAUCUAGUUCGAGAGUUCUCCAACAUCCAUCAGAUAUUAGGACUCCACUCAUAUACCUUACACAUGUGAGUAUGAAACUUGAACCAUCUGUGUUAACUAUUCUGAUUUUCCUACCCCUUGAUAUUGAUGUGAGUGUUGUUAGCCAUCAAUACUACAACCAUAGAUGAUAGAACUCUUCCAAAUCAAACAAAAAUGCUUUGUUGGGUGUGAUAUGAAAAGAACACCAAUAAUCCAUGAAUCAUGAUCCAUUCCUGUAUUAUGUCUUGUGUGUUGACAGUUAACACCAAAGGUUGUUUUGGUUCAUCCGCCAUGUUUGCUGAAUUGGUUGGUUUGCUUGUCCUUCAUUUGGAACUCUCUCUCUUCCAAUGUCAUUCUUUAUCACAAUUGAAAGACAAACUUAUUAUUAUUGUUAAACUUUGUUCGUGACUUAAAUCUAUCAUGUCUACUCUUGGAAUGUCCUUUCCAUGGAUUUUUACUUCCUUUAUUGCAUAUGUGUUAUGAUAUGCCUCUUUCCACGUAAAUUCACACUUCUGAUCUCGAGAAUUUUCCACUUUCAAUCAGUUCUCGCCCUUUUGACCUUCUGGCUCAUGUGACUUUAUUUAGGUUGAGGGUGUCUCUUUCAUUCUUUUGUCUCUUUUAGUUGAUCAUACUUGUGAGGCACUGAACUAAGCAAUAAAAUAGCGUAAACUUCUUGUGAUACAUGUACUUGUAAAUUACAUAAGUCUUCCACGAGCUUAAGAAAAUCGUCAAGGUUCUCUCAUCUAUACUUUGGAGUCAGCCAUCUUAAACUAUAAAAUCUGAGUUGUAAGUAGAUUAUGUUAGGCAAAGAAAUCAAUUUGUAUAGUCUAUCCAGAGUACACCACAUGGCUGAUGCUGUUUCCAAUGUUUAAUCUUCCUUAAGACUAUUCCCCAAAUUCAAAACUAUUAGGUUCUUUACUUCUUCUGAUUUCUCUUUGAUGGAUCAAAUAGUUGGACCAGAUCUAAAAUUUCUGCUAAUCCCUUAUAUGGAUCCACCAUAAUACCUUCCAACUCUUUAUUUUCACCAGGUAAAUCUUUCAACAAUUUGUUAUCCGUUAAAAAUUCUUUACGAACACAGAAGUGUGCCAGCACACAAACCUCCCAUAACGCGCAGUCUCAUCCACCUCGAUGCAAGCACUAGACAUCAUAUGUAUCGUCUUGUAAACCCCUUUCCCUGAGUCUUUUCCUUUAGCUUAAAUUCAAGUACUUGGAUGCUCAUGACUUGUCAAAAUUUAUGACCUAAGGAUUGCUUGCGACUAAAAGUACUUUUGAACUAAGUGCGUAGCUUGAAAGUAAAUAACAUAGUCAAGUAGUGGCGGACUCAGACUUUGAUAUUAGGUGUGUUAGAAAUUAGACUUGGCCCAACAUAGAAGUAAAUUUAAGAAAAAACCAGUAGUAGAUGGAACUUGAACUCUGGUAUGGAGUAUCAGGUAGAAGUUAUAAACUAGUUAUUCUUCAGUGAGACAUAACAAAUCUGCUGAAAUAAAGAUUUAGCUGGUGUCGUGAUAUCCUCCGCUACUGCAGUCGAGUAAACUAGUUCCCAACCUUGAAGCAGUAUGUCUAGUAGAAGAACUUAUGAUCCCAAAUUCCACUAGAUCAAAAAGAAUACAAUCACCAUUCAACAUGUGACGUUGUUAUGGCUUUAGGUUUACCAUAAGAAUCAAUGACCAAGAGACUACAAUAGAGCGUAGAAAACAAUAGACUAGAGCAAGAAGGGUAAAUCAAGAUUGCGUUCACUGCUAUGUCUCCUUUCUCUUGUCUUAUUCAUCUCAAUUCUGAUUGUCGUUUCUUUGUUGUUGUUAAUCUAAGAAAACCUGGACGAGAACAUGUGUUUAUAUAACACAUUUCAAUCCUCGUUUGGACUGAUACUCCAUCCGGCCCAUAAAACAAGAAAAUAUGCCUGCAGCCUAUAACACAUGUCAUUAGGCUAGAGCCGAAAACCCAACAUUCUUUUCCAAAUCCUAGUAGCUACCAUUUGAAUUUGUCUGCUAGACAUGGAGAAUAACAAUAAAACUGACCAAUUACAAAUUUGAUUUGAUUUUGGACACCAUAAAAAUGAACUCUAAAGGUUGACAUCGAGCAGCGGGCAGAUUAUGGCAGAACGUUUGAAAUUCCUUUGAUACUUAAGAAAAUAUAAAAUAUUUGGAAAAUAACAGAAACGAAUUGUUGGCAUUAUUUGACCUAAUACCUGAAAAAAGCAAAAGCAAGAGGUGUAGCUGGAGGUGGUUAAGUGGUUCUGAGAUAACUUAAGUAUAACUAAAAGAGAACGUGACAAGUUAACCAACUCAUUAACCAAAAGUUAUUCCUCCAUCUAAUCGUAUGAAUACAAAACCAUGAUACCGACUGAUUUUCAAAAUUUUGAACGUCUUUCCAGUUUAGGAGAAGUAGCUGUGUGAACAUAAACAUAUUCAACGAGAUAAACAUUAGACUAAAGAAAAUGAUGUUUUAUUUUUUUUUAAUUUUUUUAAUUUUUUUUUUGCUUAAAGAAAAUGAUGUAUAUAUUAUUAAAACGAAAAACAAAACAAACCGAAAAUUGUGGGUUUUCUAUACAUGAAACAUGUAUUAAAAAUACUUACUAAGAGCAUCUCCAAUGUACACCUCUAUAAUUUUCUCUAAAAUAGAGAUCUCUAUUAUAGAUGUGAAAAUGCUCCAAUGUAUGCCUCUAUAAUAGAGUUCCUCUAUUUUAGAGGAAAAUAUAAAGGAAAGUUACUUUUUGCCUCUAUAUUUAGAGGUGAAAAUAACAUAUCUCUAUAUUUUCCCCUAUAAAUAGAGAAACUCUAUUAUAGAGGCAUACAUUGGAGCAUUUUCACCUCUAUAAUAGAGUUUCUCUAUUUUAAGGGAAAAUAUAGAGAUAAAAAUAAGGGUGGGUUGGAGAUGGUCUAACAAAGGUCUCCGAUCCGAGGUUCAUAGCUUCUACGUAACAAAAAUGAAAUUAAAAUUAAAUUAAAAUAUUAAAUAUUCAUAUAUAUUAUAUAUUUCCAUCUGAAUUAGUGGACAUUAUUAGUCUACUCUUAACAUCAAAACAAAACCUUUCAGCUAAAGAAAAUAUGUAGAUCAGUUGUUUAAAAACAUGUAAAUGUCUCUUUUUUUUUAGAGAAAAAACAUGUAAAUGUCAAAAACCAUGGAAUAGACUCUACUGAUUUAUGAGAAAUGUUGGUAAUUUCUUAACAAAAAAAGAAAGAGAAAUGUUGUUAAUAUAUUCUAUGAAAUACAGAAAUAUCCAGUUGAAUAUAAAAAUAAAGAAAGAGGCGAGAUGCCAUACGCAGUGGACGAAAGAGGAAAACUAAUUUGACUUUAUUUCUUGCAAAUAUAUGGUACAAAAUGUUU